UUGAGUUGUAGUCAUAAACUAAUUAACCGUUUUGUUUUAUUUUUAUUGUUGUGAUUUUUUUAGCUAUUUAUAGACACGUAUUUAAUUGAAUUUAAUUUAUCAGCGCCAAGAGAAGGCGCCUACGUUCAUGGCAUAUUUAUGGAAGGCGCCAGAUGGGAUAUACAACAAGGUAUAAUUAUGGAGUCGCGUCUUAAAGAACUUUAUCCCCCAAUGCCGGUCAUUAAUAUACGAGCCAUUACCCAGGAUAAACAGGAUUUGCGCAAUAUGUAUGAGUGUCCCGUCUAUAAGACACGCACUCGUGGUCCCACUUACGUUUGGACUUUUAAUUUAAAAACUAAGGAUAAACCAGGCAAAUGGACUUUGGCUGGUGUGGCUUUAUUGUUACAAACAUAAAUUGAUUUUUUUUUUAAGCACUAAAAUGUUUGGAAUUUUUACACAAUUUUAGAAAUGUUAUCUUCUUGGCACAUUUGUUAAAUAAAUUUUUGGCCUUAGGCCCUUUAAAU